UAGAAAAUAAUCAUAUUAUUUGAUAGUAGUACUCACACAAACAGCCUACCAUAUCCAAAUAUACGACGUCGUUUAUCUCCUAAAACCCCCCAUUAAACCCCCAAAAUCUGAAAAAGUCUGGAGGGUAGAGAGGGCACAAAAAAAAAAAAAAAAACAACUUAAAAAAUGUCCUUGGACUCUCACAUAGAGAGUGUUCUGUGGACCCCGGACCAAAUCGCCGCCCGAGUCUCCGAGCUCGCCGCCCAGAUCUCCGCCGACCACUCCCCUCUCUCCGAGCCCCUCGUCCUCGUCGGCGUCGCCACCGGUGCUUUUCUCUUCCUCGCCGACUUGGCCAGGAGCCUCCGCCUCCCCGUCACCGUCGAUUUUAUCCGCGCCGAAUCCUACGGCUCCGGGACUGUCUCCAAUGGGUCCCCCAGGAUUUCCUCCGACUUGAAGCUUGACGUAUCCGGCCGCCACGUGGUCCUGGUUGAGGACAUCGUGGAUUCGGGAAGCACAAUUGCCUGCUUGAUUGCACACUUGGAAGCAAAAGGUGCUUCCUCUGUGUCAGUCUGCGCUUUCCUUGAUAAACCAUCUAGACGAAAGGUUCAUUUUCAGCUCCUUAGCAAGGGAAAAUUCUACCGAGGUUUCGAGUGUCCAGAUUACUUUGUUGUGGGCUAUGGAAUGGACUUUGCUGAACUUUACAGGAACUUGCCUUAUGUUGGUGUUUUGAAGCCUGAGCAUUAUAAAUGAUAUGAUUUGCUAGCCACCGUGAAGAAAACAUUGUACUGUUAGCAAUAGGAGAUAAAAUGGAGAUGGGUGGACUUACGUUCCAGCAUGUAACUUUAGAUGAUGUUUGAAAUUACUGUAGCAUGUUUACUGAAUAUAAUUCACCAUUUUAGACUCCAUUCUUUCCCACCCA